AUGAACUCGUCGUCUAAACAGCUGGUCGGGCUUGGGUCAGUCCUUGAUAAACUAAUUCGAAGCUCGAGCCUUCAUGACCAUAUCCCCACCGUUUAUCUUCUUCACACCCGCCAAGAAUUCCCAGCACAAAGACCCAAGGAGAUGCAACUGAGCACCACCAGUCGGGAGCUAUCACCGUUCAUCUUUCCUCUUUCUUCUCUUCCCUCCCCUGGUAAAAGCUACACGACACCCAUGCGCACAGCCCUAUCCCUCCUCCGCUCUCUCUCUACCUCCCUCCCUCACCACCACCGCCGUUAUCUCCUCAUCCAACGCACUUUCCCCCUCUUUAAACCCCAUGUUGUAAACCCACCUCGAAUUUCACUAUUUUGUACUCGUUCCGCGGAACAGUCAUCUGUCAGUAAUUUCGUCGAGCAAUUGGCGGGCGAAGACGAAAACUUGGAUUUUGAUAAAGAUAACGAAGUUUUUAACUUCGAUGCCUCUUUUGUGUCGAAUGUUGAUUCCAAGAAUAAACAUUUAUCUCCGUCUCUUGAUGUGAAAGAGUUGGAUGAGCUGCCCGAACAGUGGAGGAGGUCUAAGUUGGCGUGGUUGUGUAAGGAGCUCCCCGCGCAUAAGCCUGCUACGCUUAUUAGAAUACUGAAUGCUCAGCGGAAGUGGGUUAAUCAAGAAGAUAUGACUUAUGUAACUGUCCAUUGUAUGCGGAUUCGUGAAAAUGAGACUGGGUUUAGGGUCUACAAAUGGAUGAUGCAACAGCACUGGUUUCGUUUUGAUUUCUCUCUUGCUACGAAGCUAGCAGAUUUCAUGGGCAAGGAGCGAAAAUACUUGAAGUGUAGAGAGAUAUUCGAUGAUAUAAUCAAUCAUGGACUAAUCCCUACAGAAUACACCUUCCAUAUUCUCAUAAUCUCCUACCUUAGUUCAUCAAAUCGUGGUUGUUUAGAUCAAGCAUUUGCUAUCUACAAUCGAAUGAUUCAAUUAGGAGGUUAUAGUCCUCGCCUCAGCCUGCACAAUUCUCUUUUCAAAGCACUUCUAACUCAGCCAGAGGACUCUUCAAAACACUAUGUCCAUCAAGCAGAAUUCAUAUUUCAUCAAAUGGUAACAUCUGGAUUCAAGAUUCAUAAAGAUAUCUACAGUGGGCUUAUUUGGCUUCAUAGCCAUCAAGAUAAGAUAGAUAAAGAAAGAAUCACAUCACUAAGAGCUGAGAUGGAAUUAUCUGGAUUUGAUGAGACCAAAGAAGUGCUUAUCUCUAUAUUGAGAGCUUGUUCAAAAGAAGGGGAUAUAAAUGAAGCUGAAAAGACAUGGGAAAAGCUUCUUAAUAUCACUCCCACAAUUCCUUCUCAAGCUUUUGUGUAUAAAAUGGAAGUCUAUUCAAGAAUUGGAGAACAUAUGAAAUCAUUUGAGGUAUUUAGAGGCAUGCAAGAACAAUUAGGUUCAGCCAGCAUUGCAGGAUUUCAUAAAAUCAUACAAGUUUUGUGUAAAUCAAACUCUCAUGAGCUUGCAGAAUCUGUCAUGAAAGAAUUCAUCGAAAGUGGUAAAAAGACAUUAAUGCCCUCGUUUCUUGAUUUAAUGAACAUGUAUCUAACAUUAGGCAUGCAUGAUAAGUUGGAGUAUACUUUCCUUCAGUCCCUUGAGAAAUGUCCUCCUAAUCGUACCCUUUACAAUAUAUAUCUCAAAUCACUUGUAGAUUCUAGGAAUUUACAAAAAGCAGAAGAGACAUUACGCGAAAUGCAAAGUCACGAGGCUGUGGGUGUUGACACUGAAUCUUGCAACACCAUUUUAAGAGGGUAUUUAGAUGGUAAAGAGUAUGCAAAAGCAGAAAAGAUUUAUACUUUAAUGAAGGAGAAAAAGUUUCACAUUGAACCCGAUUUGAUUGAGAAUCUUGAACAUGUUUUGAGUUCAAAUCAAGAAGCUGUUAAGAACCCUGCAAUCUUGAAGCUUAGUAAAGAACAACGAGAAGCUUUGGUGGGGUUACUAUUGGGUGGUGUACAGAUUGAAUCAGAUGAAAAAAGAAAGAAUCAUAAGCUUGUUUUCAAGUUCAAUGAGGACUCUGGUGUACAUAAGGUGUUAAAGAGACAUAUUUCCUAUGAGUACCAUGAGUGGUUGGAUUCAUCUAGUGAACAAUUUACCACUAUACCCCACUCUUAUUUUGGGUUUUAUGCAGACCAGUUUUGGCCACAGGGGCAACCUGCAAUUCCUAAAUUAAUCCACAGGUGGUUAUCACCACGGGUUCUUGCAUAUUGGUACAUUUAUGGGGGUUACAAGACAUCAUCUGGAGAUAUUUUAUUGAAGGUCAAAGGAAGUGAAGAUGGAGUUGACCGAAUUGUUAAAACCUUACAGAAAAAGUCGUUGACUUGUAAGGUCAAACGCAAGGGGAGAGUGUUCUGGAUAGGUUUACUUGGAAGCAAUUCAGAAUGGUUUUGGAAAUUGGUGGAUCCGUAUAUUGUAAGGGAUUUAAAAGAUGUUUUAAAACCAGGGAACAUAGCAUCUGAUAUAAAGGAAGAAGCCCGAAAUGUUGAGUUUGAUAGAAGUGAUUCUGAUUAUAGUGAAGAUGACAUCUUGUAGGAUUUGUAAAAUCUAAACUAACAUUGUGGCUUAAAAAGAGGUGAGAAUAGGUUCAUGAAAAGGCAAGUAUAUUCAAUGAAGUUUCUUGACACUAAGGUAUGUUUUUAUGUAUGUCAUUAUUUUGAUGCAGGUAGAAAAUGGUAGUGGUGCUAAUGCUGCACAUUUGAGUCAAGGCACAUGCUUUUUUAUUGGAUUUAGUUGAGGGUAUGUAUAUCUUUUAACACUUCACUAACAUCCUAAUUUAUGUGACCUCACUUAUAUGAGGUUGUUUUGUGCAU